AUGGAGCCGCCCGGGGCCCGGCCCCGCUCCCCGGCCUCGGAGGCGGCCGAGCCCCCGGGCUCCCCCGCUCUCCCCGCCGAGGAGCACCCGCCCGCCGCACAGGAGGCGAAGCGCCGCGGGCCCGGCCCGCAGGGCCCGGCGGAGUGCGGGGCGCGGGCCGGGGCCGGGGAUGGGCGCGAACCGGGCGGCCGGGCCCGGCGGCCCCGCGUCACCGUGGACAGCUCCAAGGCCAAGACGUCGCUGGAGGCGCUGAAGAUCAGCCUGCGGCAGCUGCGCUGGAAGGAGUUUCCAUGUGGCAGGCGCUUGCCGUGUGAUAUCUAUUGGCACGGGGUGUCGUUUCAUGAUAAUGACAUAUUCUCAGGUCAAGUCAACAAGUUUCCAGGUAUGACGGAGAUGGUACGCAAAAUUACACUGAGCCGGGCAGUGCGAACAAUGCAGUAUCUGUUUCCUCUUGAGUAUAACUUCUAUCCCCGAUCCUGGAUUCUGCCAGAUGAAUCUUCCUUCUUUGAGAAAGAGAUUCGUGUGAUGAAAGACAGGGAUCCAUCCUGGAAGCCCACUUUUAUUGUAAAACCUGAUGGAGGUUGCCAGGGGGAUGGAAUCUACCUCAUUAAAGACCCUAGUGACAUCAGACUGACAGGAGGGCUUCAGAGCAGGCCAGCUGUGGUCCAGGAAUAUAUUUGCAAACCACUGCUUGUUGACAAACUCAAGUUUGAUAUUCGUCUGUAUGUCUUACUGAAGUCUUUAGAACCCUUAGAGAUUUAUAUAGCCAAAGAUGGACUUUCCAGAUUUUGUACAGAGCCCUAUCAAGAACCCACUCUCAAAAAUUUGCACCAGGUUUUUAUGCACUUAACCAACUAUUCAUUAAACAUUCAUAGUGGGAACUUCAUCCAUUCUGACAAUGCAAACACUGGCAGCAAGAGGACUUUUUCAAGCAUUCUGUGCAGACUGUCUUCCAAAGGAGUUGAUGUCAAAAAGGUGUGGUCAGAUAUAAUUUCAUUGGUGAUUAAAACAAUUAUUGCCCUAACACCAGAACUAAAAGUUUACUAUCAGUCUGACAUACCAUCAGGAAAGCCUGGGCCAACUUGCUUUCAGAUUUUAGGAUUUGACAUUCUCCUGAUGAAAAACUUGAAGCCCAUGUUACUUGAAGUAAAUGCAAACCCCAGCAUGAGAAUAGAACAUGAAAAAGAGCUGUCUCCUGGGGUGUUUGAAAAUGUCCCAAGCCCUGUAGAUGAAGAAGUGAAAGUAGCUGUUAUCAGAGAUACUCUUCGUCUAGUGGACCCUCAUAAACAAAAGAAAAAAGAUGUCCAUUCACAGACUUUGGAGCAUGUGUCAGACGCAAAGGAAGAGCUGCUGGAUGCAGGACCGCCAGAGAGGCUGGACCACGAUGUCAGCACAGCCCCGGAGGCCGGCCUGCCCUCCCUGUGUCUCAAGCAAGUGUUUCCCAAGUAUGCCAAGCAGUUCAAUUACCUGCGACUCGUGGACAGAGUGGCUGCCUUGUUCAUCCGAUUUCUGGGUGUUAAAGGGACAACAAAGCUGGGGCCAACAGGUUUCCGAACGUUUAUAAGAAACUGCAAGCUGAGUAACAGCAAUUUUUCCAUGGCUUCUGUAGAUAUCCUAUACAUUGAUAUCACGAGAAGGUGGAACAGCGUGGGAAUUGAUCACAAAGAAUCAGGGAUGUGUUGGCAAGCAUUUGUGGAAGCUUUCUUCUUCCUGGCUCAGAAAAAAUACAAGUCACUCCCACUUCCUGAGCAAGUGGCAUCACUGAUUGAUUUCUGUGAAUACCAUCUCGCUGUUCUGGAUGAGAAGCGUCUGGUUUGCGGCCGAGGGAUAGUGGAGCGCCGAAAUGCACUAGUUACUUGCCAGACAGAUGGACUUCAACUUACACCAGCUGCUCAUACACCCCUCCUGAAUCGCAUGGCUACAGCUAGUAAGCUUGCAGAUUAUAGAAACCAUCAAUACUAAUGGUGCUAUUUUAUCAGGGCAGAGCAGGGGGAGACUGAUGGAAUUGAGAAAUUAAUUCCAGGUAUGUACAAUAGGAGGUGGAACAGAUGCUUGAGUUCCUCCAUCUGAUAGUCAAAGUUAUUUUAAAGCUAUUUUCUACGCUAUUCAAAAAGUCUGUUGCAAGCUCCCUUUUGCAGAUAAUGACUCUUCCUGGGUACACUUUGAGCAACAAACUCUGUCUUUAUUCUGCUUGUAUAGAAUACCAUGCAUGAAGACAAACAACAGAACAAAUAUGAGGUUGAUAACCAGCAUCAUGGGAUUGGUUGCACUAAUUGAGGCAUGUUACAUGAAAGGAAUUAUGUUGCUUUCUUUGUAUGCACUGGAUGUAUCGUGGAAACGAAGAAAGGAUCUGCAGGCUAAAUGCCAGCUGUGUGCUUUGGCAAGCUAACGCCUGGAUUUGCGUAUGUGGUCAAAAUUUAUGCCUUGACCAUCUUUUUUUGGUAGACUAUAUUGAAUUUGUUGG